AUGAAAAUGAUAAGGCAGAUGGGCAUGGAAAUACCCUCCAUACGACGGGGUUCUCUUCGUAUUGCAUCGAACAAAUUGACCUUGCAGAGAUCAUUUUUCAAGUUACCAACUCCAUUUGGAACUUUUGACAAUGGCCUUCAAGAGUACCAAGUGAAAAAAGUUGUGAACGUAUCACCGUCCAAAAUGUUUGAGAUAGUAUCAGAUGUCUCAAGAUAUAAAGAGUUUGUUCCUUUUGUUGAGAACUCCUACAUUAGCAGUAAAGAUGCCCUGGGGCUUCCUACGGCUGCUGGUUUACGAGUUGGGUGGAAACAAUUUGAUGAAGAGUUUCAAUGUAAACUUCGUUGCCAACAGGAUGUCCUGGUUAUUGCUGAAUCUAUGAGUAUACUGGUAUUCGACCUGCUUUACACCAAGUGGAACCUAAAAGAGGUGAAGAACGUGGGCACCACUUCAAGUUGCGAGGUGACAUUAGACUUGAAGUACAGUUUUAAAAAUCCACUUUACAACACGGUCAGCUCUCUAUUCUCAGACCAGGUGAGUAAGAUUAUGAUCAAUGCAUUCGAGGAAAGGGCAGUGGCUACAAAAAUAAAGGAACGGCUAAAAUUUUAA